UCUCAGUAAUCCAACUCUCUACUCUUUCUCUCACCUCAUCUUCUCUCUCAUUCGGCAGCUGCACCAAACUCUUCACUUCUCAGACCAGCAGCAAUGGACUCUCUCAUCCUCUCCACGCCGCUAACCCACCGCUCUCUCCCCGCCUUCCGCCGCCUCUCUCACCUCCCCGGCCCUUCACCCUCCGCGCAAUUCCUCCGUGCUCCUAAAUCCCUAACUUCCCCCCUCAAAUGCUCGCUUUCUUCCUUCAGUCCGCAGACGCUCACCUACCCUGAUUCCCUCCUCACGCACCUCUCCCCCGCGGCGCAGCAGUCUCCCGCCACUGCCAUGCGCGGCGCCGAGGCCGACGCCAUGGGGCUGCUGCUUAAGGAGAGGAUUGUGUUCCUCGGGAACAGCAUUGAUGAUUUCGUCGCCGACGCCAUCAUCAGUCAGCUCCUUCUGCUGGACGCUCAGGAUUCUACCAAGGAUAUCCGGCUCUUCAUCAAUUCCGCUGGUGGCUCGCUCAGUGCUACAAUGGCCAUCUUUGAUGUUGUGCGCCUAGUGAGGGCUGAUGUUUCCACAAUUGCACUAGGCAUUUCUGCAUCAACAGCUUCCAUCAUCCUUGGCGGUGGUACUAAAGGGAAACGCUAUGCAAUGCCUAACACAAGGAUAAUGAUACACCAACCACUUGGGGGUGCUAGUGGGCAAGCCAUAGAUGUGGAAAUUCAAGCCCGGGAAGUAAUGCAUAACAAGAAGAAUGUAACAACAAUCAUUUCCGAAUUUACCGGUCGAUCAUAUGAACAAGUUGAGAAGGAUAUUGAUAGAGAUCGCUACAUGUCCCCAAUUGAAGCAGUUGAAUAUGGCAUAAUUGAUGGAGUCAUUGAUGGAGAUAGCAUUAUUCCGCUCGAGCCCGUUCCUGACAAGGUUAAGUCAUCUACAUUCGAUUACUUGGAGAUCAGCAAAGAUCCCAAAAAGUUUUUGACACCAGAUAUCCCUGAUGAUGAGAUAUAUUAGUCAAAGUUGUCACAUGCAUCAUUGAUAUGAUUCCAUUGAAGAUCAAUGUUGAGAUAGGUCAGAUUUUGCUUCGUUUGCUCUAAGUGGUGUCCGGAUCCUUGAAGACUCCACCAUCUUCACGACCCUCGGAUCUUGAUCCAAUAAAUUUGAUGCUCGUAUCUCAUUCGUAGAAUGUGUAUUGAUGAAAUGAAAUAUACAGGAAUUAUCAGAGAAUGGUAAACCAUGAUUAAUCGACGAUUUUAGGAUUUGUGUGAUGAUAGUUUAUGGGUAAGUAACAAACUAACAUGUUAAUAGAUGUAUAAGUGUGAGAUAUAAUUGAAAUGGUUGAAAUGUAGUAUGUUUUUUUUUUUUUCAA